AUGGCACUCCAUUGCAGAGAGGAGACUAGCCUGCACUUUCUGGAAACCCAUUCCCACGACACUUCUGUUUCCACUCUUAAAAUACUUUAUGAAGAGCGGCUUUUGAGAGCCAAACCAGGCUUGGAACUAGGAGAGAUGAACAAGCAAGCUCCUCUGGACCUCACUGUUCCAAUUCCUCGUGUCGAAGAAAUCGUUAAGGGCAAAGGUUCAGACAUCGAAGUUCUUGUCCUCAUCGAAGCCGAGGUCGCUGUCCCAGGCCUGGAAGUCCAAGGCAGAGAAGAGAUUCUUCAUGGAGGCCACAGCCAAGUUAAGAGAAAGGACUUUGGCUUCAGAAGAGUAGGCGGAAGCAGGGAACUCAGAUACAAAUUUUGCUUUGUGUACCUUGUUACACAAUCAAGGCAACCUCCCGUUCAAACGAAUAAUGGAUACUAUUCGGUGGCUGUUAAUUAUAAGCCUCGUCUCAUCAUCCUCAGGAUUCAAUCUGCUGUGUCUGGUAAUCCAGCUUCCAUGGGUAUUCACAAUAUGAAGGCAUGA